AUGUCAAAAAAAGAGCAAUUUAUUAACAGGUAUUUCAAAAAUAAAAUCAUUCUUUUUUUCAGAUUUUUUUAUUCUAGGAAUUUCGAUGAUUAUGAAAUAAAACUCUCUCGGCCACUUUUCGUCGUUUUCGACAUUGAAAUUGAACUCGAUGCUCAUCCCAUCCCCAAAUUUGUGAGUUUUUCCAAGAAAAGAAAAAAAGAAAUCACAUAUUUAUAACUAUCACACUGACUUGAGGAAAAGAGACUAGUUUGAAACAUAACAACUUGAAAACUGAAACAAAAGCUGCUUUUCAGAUCCCCAUCGUUUUCAACAUGAAAUCGAUCACAGCGAAUUGGAAGCAACGGCAAUUCGUUGAAAACUUCCAGAAGAACUUUUCCUGGAUCCCAGAUUUUGACAAUAUCGAGGCGAUAAUAUUCAACUAA